UUUCAAAUAUGUCAGCCAUCAAGAAUAUCCUCGUUCUCGGGGCCGGAGAAUUAGGGGCACAAGUACUGCUGUCCCUCGCGCAACAUCCUCACUUGAAUGACAUCGUCGUAUCCGUCCUUUUACGACCUUCUACCAUCUCUACAACGCGACCGGAGAAGGUACGGGAGCUCUCACUAUUUCGCCAACACAACAUUCAGCUUGUUCCCGGCGACCUCGUGGCAGACUCUCAGGAGUCCCUGGCCCAAACCUUCCGCGGAUACGAUACAAUUAUCGGCUGUACAGGCUUUGUUGCCGGUCGUGGAACACAAAUCAAAUUAGCACAGGCGGUACUCGCCGCUGCGGUCCCUCGGUAUAUCCCUUGGCAGUUCGGGGUGGAUUACGACGUUAUUGGACGAGGGUGCGCACAGGAUCUCUUCGAUGAGCAGCUUGAUGUUCGCGAUCUCCUUCGCUCGCAGACUAGGACCCGAUGGACUAUCAUUUCCACGGGCAUGUUUAUCAGCUUCCUCUUUGAACCUUCCUUCGGUGUAGUCAAUCUGGAAAAUAGCUCAAUUUGCGCCUUGGGUAGUUGGGACACUAAGGUUACGGUGACAGCGCCCGAGGACAUUGGAAAGCUCACUGCGGAAAUCGUUCUCGGCUCCGAUUCAGACGUAGCAUUCAACAAUCGACCGACCAUUGUUGCUGGCGACACCGUUAGUUAUGCGGAAUUGUUGCGGAUAGUGGAGGAGGUCACAGGAAGGCAUUUCGAAAAGAGCAUACGGACGGUCGAGGCUGCGAGGGCUGAUCUUGCAAAGGAACCGGAUAAUUCACUAUAUAAGUAUCAGGUGGUCUUUGGAGAAGGUCGGGGCGUUGCAUGGGAUUUGUCUACAACGUGGAACCAUGAGUCGGGAGUAAAUGUUCUGUCAGUGAAGGAGUAUGCAAGUCGGUACCUAGUUUAGUAUUUUGGUGUUGAUCGUCGGAAAAGGGGGCCAGUGAGAACCUCUCCACAACGGAGCUAGAUUAUGAUCCCUCUCAAAAACAUCCCUUAAAGGGUAUAAAACCCUGAGAUCGGCAUUCAUCUAACCAAAGGAUCGGCAAGCCCUAGGGGCAAAAUGCGAAACACUACGAGCUAAAAGGGGAUCGGCGAAAGAUAGGAGUGAUCGCCAGGAACAAGCCACACAGGCUGGCCUUUAGUUAGAGGAGCUAGUGAUUUUGACAAUAUCUAGCCAUGUAGCCACCGUUAGUCUAUAUAAGGGAGCGAAGCAUCGGCCUCAGUUGACAAACCCAGUCUGAUUAGACCU